AUAGCUAGUAUAUAUAUACUUUUUAUAUCAUACAAUAUAUUUGAUAAAUAUUUGUUGUUACAUUUCGUAAAAGUUAGAAAUUUUGUAAACUGUUCAACAAAAUUGACAUCUUGUAUCAGGAGUUCAUGAGCUUCAAAGAGUAUAUAAGGAUAAUUUACAUAUACCGAAUUUGACAUGAAUAUAGAUAACGAAUCAAGUUUACGAAAACUUUUCCUAGAAUCAUCAUUAAAUGAUAAUGUCUUUAUGAUAGCAACGACUGUAGAUACAGGUUUUGAAUGGCAAGCAAUAGAUGAAUGCAAAGAGAAAUUGGAUAAAAAUGUUAAAGUUGUCAAAGAACGCGGCAAAAUUUAUUUCAAUAUAUAUUGGAAUCAAUUUAUACAAAUACAAGAAAUGAGAUCAAUAGAUAAUAUGUUUAUUGUCGCAGAUGUUAGCAAAUUUGAAUUCUCAGGAAAUAAAGAAAUGGAUUUACAAUUAUUUAAAAAUGCUGUGCAUAAUAACAUGAAAUUAGAAAAAACUCUAGAUAUUUGGAAACAUGUUACUGGUUUUCAAGGAAAAAUAUACCCAACUAUUGAUGAAUAUAAUCUAGCAGAAAAAGAUCGUAAACUUUGUAACACAACUGUUGCACCUACUACACCUAAGGGAAAGAAAAGAGGUCAAAAUCCAUUUAAUGCUAAAGAAGAUGAAAUAUUAAGAUAUAGAGUAACAUGUGAAAGAACUGGCAAACAUAUAUUUGAAUCAUCAGAUGUUGCUAGAACUAUAGGUGGAGAAUUGCAAGAUAAAUAUUUAUGGCUUGUAGAUUUAUCUACAUAUUAUUUAGAAAUAGUCUGUAAAUUAAUCAAUAAUGAAUUGGUAACACAAUUACGUGUUACACAUGAAUCUAAACACCACAGGAAUAUCAUGUGUUUUGGACCAACUACCCUUAGAGCAACAAUAUGUUAUAAUUUGUUAAGACUAGCUCAUCCAAAGCCAGGAGAUAUAAUAAUUGAUCCAAUGUGUGGUAGUGGUUCUAUUCCAAUUGAAGCAACUUUAGUGUAUUUUAAAUCAUAUGUUAUUGGUGGAGAUAAUCAUCCCAAAGCUGUACAUAGAACAAAAUCUAAUAUUGAAGCAUCUUCUUCUAAAUGUAAGAUUGAUUUAUUACAUUGGAAUGUAUCACAAUUACCAUUUAAAGAUUCCUUUAUCGAUAUUGCUGUUACCGAUAUGCCAUUUGGAAAAAGAAGUGGUCGAAUAAUGGAUAAUAGAAUACUUUAUAAACAAUUUUUAAUAGAAUUAGGACGAAUUGUAAAACUUCUAACAGGUCGGAUUGUUUUACUUACUUAUGAUAGACGUAGUUUCAAUAUGGCUUUACAAGCAGCUGGAGAUUUGUUUUAUGUGACAAAAACUUUAGGUAUAAAUAUAGGUGGUCUUCAAGCAGCAGUUUAUGUUUUAAAACGAACAAAUAUACCUUAUGAACAAUUUAAACCAAAAUCUGUUAAAAAUGUGACAUACAAAAAGAAAUAAAUUAUAGACCUCGCGUUAUUUGUUAUAAAAUUAAUUUUAAUAUCUUUAUUAUAUUAAUAUCUU